AUGACACAAACCGACCCCUCCCCCAAAGAUCCAAACCACUUAAAAGGUCUCAUCAACAGAUACAGACCAGAUCUGAAACCCUUCGAGGAAAUCUAUCGCCACAUCCACUCCCACCCCGAACUCUCAGGCCAAGAAGAACAAACAGCCAAAAUAGUCUCUUCCCAUAUCCACUCUCUAGGUCUAGAUGUCCACACUAAGAUCGGCGGCCACGGCGUCGCAGGUGUCCUUGAGAAUGGACCGGGCCCUAAAAUUCUCCUUAGAGCGGAUAUGGACGCCCUCCCAUUGGAAGAAAAGACCGGGCUUUCGUACGCAAGCACCAAGACUAUGAAAGAUAGUACCGGUGUUGAGAAACCCGUCAUGCACGCCUGUGGACACGAUAGUCACGUUGCGACUUUACUGGCCGCUACUGAGCUGUUAGUUAACGCGCGCGAAUACUGGAGCGGGACUGUUAUUUUUGUUUUCCAGCCUGCGGAGGAAGAUCUAGAUGGUGCGAAAGCUAUGUUAGAGGAUGGGCUUUGGGAAAAAGUUCCAAAGCCGGAUCUUGUUCUUGCGCAGCAUGUUAUGCGCAUGAGGGCGGGAAAUGUCAAUCUUCGCGCUGGAAGAUUACUUACUGCUGCUGAUUCGUUUGAUGUGAGAAUCUUUGGACGCGGGGGACAUGGAUCUUCACCGCAAGCUGCUAUUGAUCCUAUUGUUAUCGGUUCUUCGAUUGUGGUGAAGUUACAAUCUAUUGUGUCGAGGGAAGUCACACCUGGUGAACUUGCUGUUGUUUCAGUUGGAAGUAUUAAUUCGGGGUUUGCGUCGAAUAUUAUCCCCGAUUAUUUGGAUAUGCAAAUAUCCGUGAGGACUUUUUCAGAAGAGGUCAGGAAAAGAGUCCAUGAUUCUAUUCGAAGAAUUGUGAAAGGGGAAUGUUUAGCUGGUGGUGCUGUUAAAGAUCCCUCUAUAAAUCUUGUUUCUUCGACGCCGGCAACUGUUAAUGAUGAGGAGACUGUGAGGGUUUUGAAGGGGACUUUUGGGGGAUAUUUCGGUGAUAGGUUGAUUGAGAUGGAGAGGCCUAGCGCUAGUGAGGAUUUCUCGCUUUUGGCUACUGAUGUUGGGGCGCCGUAUGUUAUGUGGAUGUUUGGGGGGAUUGAGGAGAGGGUUUGGGAUGAUGCUGUUAGGAGGGGGAGGGUUGAUGAGUUGCCUGUGAAUCAUUCGCCUUAUUUUGCGCCGGGGGUGAAGACUACGAUUAGGACUGGGGUUGAUGCUAUGGCUUUGGGGGCUUUGACUUUUUUGAAGUUGAAGUGA